GAGACGGCAGUUUACUUCGAUAGCUAAUCGCCGGCCACCAUCUCCGCCGCCGGCAAUCUUCAUUUUCAGGGGUUCUAGUUCGUCGUCGUCUUCAGAAACCCUUGAAUUUCGAGCAUUCCAUUGAAUUAGGGUUUCAUUCUUGAUCCAUUUUCUACAGCUACCUAACUCAAAAUGACGAUCCAUUCGGCGGUCAUCCAGAAACUCCUCAGUACGAACGCCCAUUUAAGCCGACGCAACGUCACUCACCAUUUCAAAAUCUACACUUAUGGUUCCAGAAACGCCAUGUCCAUUAUCGACUCAGACAGGACUCUGAUAUGUCUCCGGAACGCCUGUGAUUUCAUAGGUAACCUCGUUAGACAGAAAGGUCGAUUCUUAUUCGUCAAUACCAAUCCAUUGUUUGACGAAAUUGUCGAGCAAAUGACUACUCGGAUUGGAUGCGGUAAGGAUACUUCGUGGAAGCUUGGGGGGUUUCUAACAAACAGUAGCAGUCCGAAGAAGUUUCGGUCUCGUAACAAGAAGCUACAUUUGGGGGCGAUCCAGCCUCCGGAUUGUAUCGUGAUUAUGGACUCAGAGAGGAAAUCUUCAGUAAUUCAUGAAGCUUCUCGGUUGCAGAUUCCGAUAGUGGGAUUAGUUGAUUCGAGUAUGCCUUUGGAGACAUUCAAGGACAUUACUUAUCCUAUUCCUGCAAAUGAUUCAGUGGAAUUCGUAUAUUUGUUCUGUAAUUUGAUCACCAAGACUUUUCUACUUGAGCAGAAAAAGCUUGCUGCUGCAAUGGGAUCUUCUGCUAUUAAAACUGAAACUGGAGAUGAAUUGCAACAAAAGCUUGGAAGCUCUAAGAAUGUGGUAUCUGUUAUUCCAUAUGAAAGCCUGGCUCAAACUUCUGAUGUUCAUGAUGCAGACACUUUGGAUACCAAAGAACUCCUGAACAAGCUGGCGGUGGUAAAGAUAAUCAGUGGAUUUGGGAAAGCAAUGGGAGUCAACGAUCCCAAAUCAUGUAUGGAAGUUACUGAUGGAGUGACAUACCUAGAUUUGGUUGUUAAUCAGUUGGAGAAUAUCAAUUCCAAGCAUGGGUGCAAUAUUCCCUUGAUUUUGAUGAACACAUUACAAAUCCAAGACACCAUGAUGAAGGUUGUUGAGAAACAUGACAAGAAGAGCGUUGAUAUCCAAACAAUGUUCCAGAAUCAAAAGUAUUCAGCAAGGAGAGCUGAUGACGAUGACGAUGAAGGGUAUCAUUUGGAAGACCGUGAGGUAUUUUUGUCCUUGAAGACCAGUGGCACACUGGAUGCAUUGCUGUCACAGGGGAAGGAGUACAUCCUUGUAUUGAGAUCAGAUAAUCUUGCUUCAGUUCUUGACCCAAAAAUCAUAAAUCAUGUUAUUGAAAACAGGAUACAAUGCUGUUUGGAGGUGACGCCGAAUGUUCAUUAUGAUUCUAGUGAGAAAAGUACUUCUCAGGAAGAGAAGGUUCAGCUUUCGGAAAUAGCAGAUCUACCUUCCAAAGAGUCUAUGGAGAAGUACAAACUCAUUGAUACAAGGAGCUUGUGGCUGAAUCUGAAGUCUUUAAAGAAGAUUGUUGAUUCUGGUAUAUUAACUGAAAAGCACGCUGGUGAUAAUGAAAGGCUUGCAGAUGGGACUAGAUUGAGUUCAACUAUAAAGCUUUUUGACCGUGUCCUUGCCAUUAAUGUUCCACAAUCUCGGUUCUUACCAUUGACUGAAACAUCAGAUUUACUUCUUGUCCAGUCCGAUCUCUACACUCACUCUGAAGGGAUUCUUGUCCGGAACACUGAUAGAAAGAAUCCUGCUAAUCCCCAUAUUGUAUUAGGGCCUGAAUUCAAGAAGCUUGAUGAUUUUCAGAGUCGUUUCAAGUCCAUCCCAAGUAUCAUCGAGCUGGAUAGUUUGAGAGUGAUGGGUGAUGUUUGGUUUGGGGCUGAUAUAAUCCUUAAGGGAAAAGUGAUAAUUGUUGCAAGGCCAGGGAUGAGACUCGAAAUACCUGACGGAACAGUCCUUCAAAACAAGGUGAUCCGCGAGUUAAAGGAUAUUCAAGAGGAAUCUUGAAGGCAUGAGAAUUUGUUAAAAUAGCAAUUCUUGUAUGGAAUACUUAGUCAAAGAACAUGUUUAUUUUUGGUUUUCAAGUCAAAAGAUCGCAAUAAAACCUACUCUUAUGACAGAAUUGUUGAGUUAUUGAAAGCUUAGCAAACAAACCGAAAUGAUAGGGGUUUUUUAUUCUCUCUAUA